AGUUGGCACUACCACUGGUACGUCUCUGCUACAAUGGGAACUAACUCAACCAAAUGUGCUAAAGAAUAUUCAAGGGAACCUGACAUGGUACUCGAUGAUAAUCAAUCGGAAGGAGAACUUCCUACCCAAGACCAGGCUCCACUGGACAUCAAGAACCUUGGCGAUCCUUCACCACGCCCAGGCAUCAAUUCUGAAGAGACUACUAGAGUUACUCCGGAAGUGACAGGUCCUGGAGCACAAGCCCUGGACCAAAUGGCUCCUAUAGAAGAUAUCGCUGAUAUCUGCAUUCCACCAAGUGGCGAUCCAUCUCUUCGAGAGGAAGGGACGAUUUCUCUGCCCCUUAGCCUCUCUUCCCUGGACGAUAAGGUUACAUAUCGACCUCCUGCAAAUAAUGCAGGAGGUGAUAGCUUUACCCAGGAAGUCAAUGCCAUGGAUAUGGAACGGGAGAAAUUGAAAUAUGAGGGGGAGGAGAUAUUUUCUCGUCCAAAGAGCCUCUCUUCCAAGGAGGAUGAAGUUGGUGCUCGAGCACCUGACGAGUUAUCUCAGGUCACAAAGAGGUCCAUUUCAAACACCUCACAAAUCGAUCAAAUCAAAAAGAGAAUUGUCAGUCAGUCUGUAAGGGUGAAUAAUUAUUGUUUGAAGUACUAUGAAAUGUUGAAAUCUAUGAAUCUGUUGAAAAGGGACAACAAUAACAUUAAAAUAGAUGUUGUGUCACUCAAAUCCGAAAAUUAUGACAGAAAGAGGGAAAGUGAUGAAAUUAAGAGAGAAAUGUCUGAAAUUAAGAGAGACAUGUCUGAAAUUAAAAGAGAAAAUCAUGAAAUUAAGAGAGAAUACAUGUAUUCUGUAAUUAAGAGAGAAAAUUCUGAAAUUAAGAGAGAAUAUUCUGCACUUAAAAGUGAAAAUGUUCAACUUAAAAUAGAAAUGUUCAAGCUUAAACAGGCACAUCACAAUGACCCCAUUGCUCAUGAAACUAUGAGAAAUGAUUCAACUACCUUUCAAAAGGAAGUCAUGUCACCGAGAGCAGCUCUGAAUGCAUCUGUUUUUCAGGAUGAUGAUAAGGUACAUGAUGAUACAGUUUGUUACACAGGCGGAAUAGAUAUCCCCAAAUAAUACAAUGACCACAGUGGUGGAGAGUAUGUUGCAUGUGAAAAUGUAAUAAAAUUUUAAUCUUGAAAAAAGCGCUUAUAUCAUACCAGUUUGUCAAAUGUUAUUUUCAGCUUGAGAGGACUAUUAAUAGAGGGAGAGAAUA